CAGCGACAGACAGGUCUAAAAAAAUGGCGGCGUUCAUCUCUUCCGGUCGUAAAGCUUAGUUUUCAUAACGGCAAUUCCGUAUAGCCGUCGAGUUCGUAGUUUGGAAGUUCCAGAAAGCUUGCAAUAUAAUAUUUCAAGUUCAAUUCUGGAUUUUAUUCCGUCCGUUAUUUUUUUGUGUUUCGCUCUGGCGUGAAGAAUCGUGCGGCAUUGGCUUCAUAACCUAUUUUGUUUUUGUACUCGCCUUUGCGCGUAUUGCAUUUCUAUCCUGAAAUAGUAAUGGCAAUGAAUGAGGAUUUUAAUUUUACUGAGCUCUGUAGACUGUGCUCUCUGAAAAGUCCUCAUCAGAUGCAGAUCUUCGACAAAGAGGCUGAGCAACGACAGCUGCUGUUCAAAAUACAAUCUUGCAUUCCCACUAUCGCGAUAACAAAAGAGGACGACUUGCCAAAACAUAUUUGUCAAAAAUGUAUGUACAAAUUAGAAAUGUUUUAUGAAUUUCGCAUCAGCUGCUUAACCACAGAAAAUGUAUUAAAAAAUUAUGCUACCAGUUUAAAGAACAUCGCAUCAAUCAGAACUCAGGCCACGGAUAAGGACAAGAUGUCAAACGGACAGCAACGCUCGGCUUACGUGGAAUCGCACGUUUCGGCACACACGGCACUGCAACAGCACAUAGUGGCCCAACAGGCUGCUCAGGCGAGAUUAGCGGGGCCCGGGCCACCCGUGGCCCCACAAGCGCCGAACCCUACAUUUACCUUACCAGAUGAUGGACUCGGCUACGAUGACGGCGUCAGGGUACUACGUUCAAUUGGAACAUGGUCGCCAGAUUAUUCCCCAAUGCGUCCCGGCAGCAUGAUGCCGGCAUUUCCUGGUGCAACGGAACAACAGUUUGCAAGUAGAGGACCGGCUGUGAAUCAGGCUCUACGAACGACAAAUAGCGUGAGCAUUCGUCCGGGAUCCGUUUCGAAGGCAACCAAUACAGGUGAGCCCACGACGAAGGCUUUUGCCUGUACUGUCUGCGGCAAAGGACUCGCACGUAAAGACAAACUCGUCAUUCACAUGCGUAUACACACCGGGGAGAAGCCAUAUUCCUGCGAAGUGUGCGGCAAAGCGUUUGCGCGUCGAGACAAAUUGGUCAUUCAUAUGAACAAACUUCGACAUCGACCUGGCGUUUCACCUCUGUCGGCACCCAGCACACCAAGGUCCGAUCAGCAGCAACAACAACAGCAGCAAGCGCAACAACAGCAACAACCAUCUCGUCAAGAUACUAUUCACAAGUUGAAGGAAGAACCAGUGAGUUGGGCUUGCGAUCUGUGUGGACGAGUGCUCACUUCUCGGGAAGAGUGGACACUGCAUACUCGAUCUCACAUUGCGGAAGCAGCCGCGCCGCCGCAACAUGCCGCUCCAUACUUUCCUGGAUCUGUACCGCCUCCGCAAUCUUACACAUCCGAAAGAAAUUUCUGUUUAAUGUGUCGUGUAGAUUUCACGGAUAAGACCGAAUUCAUGUUUCACAUACGCACGCAUAAUAGUGACGCGCACCAGCAACAAACUGCGGCAGGACAACAAUCAGGCGGUAAACAAGGUGACGCCGCGACAGCUGAACUGAUUGCCAGAGGACUUGUUGAUCCGUCAGGAUUAUGCAGCUAGAAUUACUCCUUUCCUUGUCACUACAUACCGUCGAUUUGUGUCUUACCAUAGUACAAGGUCUCUGCUCCAUUUUGACCAGAAACUUUUUUGCAUAGGAUGUCAUGCGUAUUGUGAUCGUAAUGAAAUAUAUGUAAGGUAUACAUACCAUUUUAUCGAGAUAAUAUAGAUACACAGUAGUAUAGUCAAUAACACUGAUUAUACAAAUAAUAGAAUUCAUAUAUUGACACUUUUGUUAAUUGAUUUGCUAUAACUUGAUCAUAUAACUAAUUUUUUUCUAAUAUUUUUAUUCCAAGUUUUGUAGAGAGCAAAUA